AUGAAUUUGUAACUCUAAGAAAAAAGGUAUUCCUUAUAAUCAUUAGAUCAGCUACAUGUAACUGAUGGAGAUGAAAAGGUUUCAAAAUAUUCAAUUCGAAUUGGAAUGGGAUUGUAGAUUAAUUGACAAUAUCUAAUUUACUUUUACUUUUUGUUGA